AUGAAAUCCAUGAUCAUUGUCGCCCUCGCCCUCGUGGCCGUCGCCGCCGCUAUCCCCGUCGACGAGCCCCCCAAGAUCCUGCGCUAAUUCGACCAGCAGCCCGAUGGUGGCUACUCGUUUGGAUAUGAGACCGAGGACGGUAUCAACCGCCAGGAAGAAGGUCAGGUGAAGCAAGUUGUUGACGAGGAGAACAAGCCCCAGUCCGUCGUUGUUGUCCGCGGUUCUUACUCCUACACCAACGUCGACGGCAAACCUGAGACCAUUAGCUACUACGCUGACGAGACCGGAUACCACGCGGAAGGAGAGUCCAUCCCCAAGGUCCCCGUUGCCAGGAGAUAAGCAUGACUUCCCAUCGAUCUUAAACAUACUUCGAUAGCUUUACUGACAAUGAUCUGCUGUGCCUAAUGACUUUGUUAUCGUUUAAGUUUACCAGUCAGACAGGAGCGCGUGGUGGCAUUACUGCUAUCGUUACUUCUUAACGUUCCUUGUUAUUUAAUUCUGUUACCCUGUUGAGUUUUAUUUUAAUGUGAUCGCAAUGUAAAUAAAUACAAUUUUUAAGAACUUAA